GAAGUCAUUAAACGUCAGACGUCACUUGGUGGACGCCAUUGAUUCAGAAAACGUAAAUUUGUCUGCCGAGAAAAAUCAAGCUUCCAGGAAAACGUUUGAUCCGCGUGUAAAUUGAAUACCCACUUCACCAUGAGCAACGGCGGAGGAUUAGGCGGUGCUCGUCCGCCCCCCAGGAUUGAUGGCAUGGUCUCCCUAAAGGUGGACAACCUCACAUACAGAACCACACCGGAGGACCUGCGUCGUGUUUUUGAGCGCUGCGGGGAGGUAGGAGAUAUAUACAUACCCAGGGAUCGUUACACACGCGAGAGCCGUGGUUUCGCAUUUGUGCGCUUCUAUGAUAAACGUGAUGCCGAGGACGCACUAGAGGCCAUGGAUGGACGCAUGUUGGAUGGAAGGGAGCUCCGUGUUCAGAUGGCCCGCUAUGGUCGCCCUUCGUCUCCGACUCGCAGCAGCAGUGGGCGUCGUGGAGGUGGAGGAGGACCAGGUGGCGGCCGUCGCCGCUCUCGUUCUCGCUCCCCGAUGCGCCGACGCUCGCGCAGUCCACGCCGCCGUUCUUACUCGCCACGGUCUCGUUCCCGUUCGGCGGGCAGCCGCUCGCCGGAGCGCCGCUCCAAAUUCUCACGUAGUCCAGUGCGUGGCGACAGUCGCAAUGGGGUAGGAGGUGGAGGAUCGGGACUGGCCGCAUCUGGUUCCCGCAGCCGCAGCGGCUCCUAAAUAAGAUUAAAACGUUCCAAUUGUGGAAGUGCGAGACGUUUCUCGCUGACAAAGCCGGAUUCCGUUGCCGUGUCCGGAUCCGUGGCUUCACAUCCUGUGUCAUGCUGUACCCGAACAGCAGGUAUACAAACCAUUGAACAGUCUUACACUUUACACAACUAUUUAUAGCGAACUAUUUUAAGUUUCGGCGGAAAAACAAAACGGUAGAGAGAACGCAUGAUUAUGGUGAGGGGUCAGCACCCGCAUCUGGCGGAUAUCCCUCGAUAACUGGUUCUUUCCAAUUAGGCUUUUGAUAACACUUAGUAGCAUAGUAGAGAUGCUUGAACAAAACAAAAACUUAACAAAAUAAACUCGAUUUAACACGCAAA